CGAAAUACGACUGCACUGACUCAUUCCAAACGCCAACGCUGAGAUGGUUCUCGACCCGAUGACAGCGCUCAGUGUUGCGACCUCAGUCGUCCAGUUCGUUGACUUUGGAACCAAACUCAUCUCAAAAAGCAGAGAAAUCUACAAAAGUGCAGAUGGCGUUCUUGCCGAUCAUGCCGAACAGGCUGCAGUUUCCUCGAAACUGGCUGAUUUGACCAGGAGGUUGUCAACCUUCGCUGAUGGAUACGAAACAAAACUCUCAUCCGCAGAGAAGGCAUUGCAGGAGGUCGCGCUUGACUGUCUUCAAGUUGCCAAUGAAUUCGGCUGUGCUAUUGACCAGCUGAUGGUUAAUGGCAAGCAUCGCAAAUGGAAGAGUUUACGUCAGGCUCUGAAGAGCGUAUGGAAGAAGGAGGAGAUGGAGGAGCGGCUUGUCAGGCUGGAUCGCCUUCGCCAGCUUGUGAUUGUCCAUCUUCUCGUGGUGAUCAAUGAGGGACAAGGCAAAUCAUUUGCUGGAAUCACUCACGAUGUCAACCGGAUGGAAAGUCGAAUUGUAGCAGGAGUCUGCCAGAGCAUAGGCGAAAUGAAACAGCAGGUGGACGAUUUGAGUGAAACACUGUCAAAACUUGCAAAAGAGCAAUCUAACGACCGCCAUGACCAUUCUGAAGAAAUAAUUGCAAAAGGACAGCUGGUGGAUCGAUGGCUGGAACAAAAUCAAGCGGCACUUUCCCAUAUUAUUGAAAAUGCAAAUGUGAAGAACGCCCAAGAAAAGAGACUAUCAUACCAACAAAAGGUCCUCGACAGUCUGUACUUUGGAAACAUCGACGAUCGACAGAAUAUGAUCGACCAAAAGGCUCAAGUGACUUUGAAUUGGGUGUUUGAUCCACCAUCUGAGAUGCCGUUGCAGUGGACUGUGCCUUCCUGGCUGCACUCUUCCAACGGUCUAUACUGGGUGUCAGGGAAGGCAGGAUCCGGCAAAUCGACGAUGAUGAAAUGGAUUCUCCACGAAGACCAGACAAGAAGCAUUCUAGAGUCUUGGGCUGGCGAUAGAAGACUCCUCGUAGCCCAAUAUUUCUUCUGGAGCUCUGGUACCGAUAUCCAAAAGUCACUGUUGGGCCUUUUACGCUCUCUUUUAUAUGAAUUGCUUCGACAAUGGCCCGAUGCAAUACCAUAUAUUUCUCCUGCUCGAUGGCGUUCAUACGAUCUGGAUCUGGCGCACUUUCCCACAUGGACGAAUGCUGAUUUGGUUUUUUCCAUUCGAAACUUUUUCCGACAUGUAUCGCCGAGUGCGUCUGUCUGUAUCUUCAUUGACGGACUGGAUGAACUUGAUGGAGACGAUGACCAACGGCUCGAGGUAAUCCAUCUCUUAAAAGAGCUCUCUGGUUAUCCUCAUGUCAAACUGUGCAUUUCCAGUCGACCGUGGGAAAUAUUUAAGGAUGCAUUUGCUUCUUGUCCCAAUCUACGACUCGAAGAUCUGACUCGCAAAGACAUUGAAAACUAUAUCAAUGGAAAGGUCCAAGCUAACGAGACAUUUCAGCUACUACGACAGAACGAGGACGAUCUAUGUUGCCAACUCGUAAAUGAAAUUAUCGACAAGGCUCAGGGCGUGUGGCUAUGGGUUGUUCUUGUCGUCCGUUCACUCUUGCGUGGAUUGAGGAAUCAAGAUACAGCGACAGAUCUGUUGGACAGACUGAGAGAGAUUCCGGAAGAGGUGGAAAAAUGCCUUCUUCAGAUGUUUUCCAAGAUCGAGAGUGACUAUCGUCUGAAGGCUUUGAAGCUUCUCAAGAUCUCUCUGAAUAGUCCACCCGGGCUAUCUCUGAUGACGUGUUGCUUCAUGGACGAGGAGAGUUUGUCUGGAAGGGAAACACCAGGAUUUCCUUAUUCAAUGCCAAUAGAAGUCCUUCCUGAAGAUGAAGUCAUGGAAUGGCUCAAACUGACCGAUAGUCGUGUCAACAUCGUCUGUCUGGGUUUGUUGGAAACCAUAUACAGGCCAAACCACCAUCUUUUCUUUCGACAUGGAGUCGAAUUUCUGCAUCGAACAGCACGGGAUUUCCUCGCCGAUUGCAAUACUCAAAAGUUGAUCGGAAUGGAGUCAGUCGCUUCUUUUAAUGUCAACGAGUUCAUGUGUAAAGCACUGCUUGCACAGAUCAAGAUCUCACAUCCAACACGGCUGCUUCUGGCCGACUUUAUGUACUAUGCAGCACGACUGGAAGAUGAAUCCGGAUCACCCCAGCGUCUACUUGACCAUCUGAAUCAUGUUUUGGAUCUCCAACGCGAUCAAGACUACUCGGAUGAUUCAUUGCCAAACUGUUCUGUCAAAGAAUGGCGGUGCGAUAACCAAGGUCCUGUUCCUUUGUUGUCAGUGGCCAUCCAGUACGGCCUCACUAGAUAUGCCAAAGAUCAUCUGACACUAUCACCUGCACUCGUCAUGAAGCAACCAGACAGGCCUCUCUUGGAUUAUGCACUUCGAAGGCGAAUUUACAGCACAUCUUUAGGACAGGCAGAGCAACUGGACCACCCAGUAGGGGGUUCCCGGGACCAACCUGAUGUCGAGCUCGUGCGAAUGAUUCUGGAGCAAGGUGGCGAUCCAAACAAAGCAUUUGGUAACUCGACGGUCUGGAGGUACUUUCUGGAAUUUCUAGAUAUCUUCUCCGCUGAUCUCCAGAGCUUGGAUGAAAAAGAAAAAGAGCCCUGGAUUGAAGUUACAGAAUUAAUGAUCCGACACGGCGCAGUCCGCGUUCUGGAAACAGAAACUGUCAUACCACGACAAUCGACAGGAAGGACUCGAGUUAAUCUUUCUCAGCGGCGGUUAUUGGCCCGUCGUAGUGUUUCAGCAGCUUUUGGAGAGGAGGAAGCAGCCAGACUGGAUUUACUUUCUUGGUGGUUGAAUGCGACUGGACAGAAUUUGGUAAGGAGGGUUAGUAGGACGAUGAGUUCCUUGUUCUGAUCUAUGCAUUCUUCUGUUUUAUACUAGUCCACGACCUUAUAGGCUACCAUAUGUAGAUAAUUAACCCUUAAUAAACUGUUUUGGCAUUCAGCAACUCAGUGUUUUUAGCAAUAUCCCCAGUCUUCUUAUACCUUCGACCAAUCUCUCUUCCUCCACCCACAUGAAACACAAUCUCAGCCUUUGGUGUACAUCACUCUUAGUAGCAGCCCCAGGUACUGCAAAAAGAUUCCCAUUCCCUAGCAUAAGAUUCUGCUGUUUCAAUGCCUCUUCACAAACCGUGGUGGCAUUCAGCGCACCAGGAAGCCUAAGCCAGAUAUAAUAUCCACCCGCCGACGGGCU